UCCCUUUCAAAAUUCAAAAUCAAUCGUGCAUCGAAAAUCGAAACAUGACUUCAUCUUCAGAAUUCGGAUUGCGCGUAAAUUUUCUGAAUCUGUUGCGCGUGAUUAAUUAUUUGAUUUUCUAAUUAUUGUAAAUUUGUGAUCGCCGGUUUGAAAUUGAUUAUAUGAAACUUCAACUUGUGAAUGCGCUAGAGUUUUGAUCAACAUUAGAAAUAGGAACUUUGAAAAAUGAUGAAACCGUUUUUAAAAUUGAGGAAUACCAUCCUCGUUUUCUCUCGUUUGAAGAGUAAACUAUCCAGUGGUCAACGGGAUAAAGAAGUUCUAAAAAGACUGAACCAUGAAAGUGAUUUAUUAUUCGGAGAGCCGUUGAAAAAAGAACGCAGGAAAUCUCGAAAAAAUGUGAAAAUUGAAUCAACCGAAGACCCAGAUGAGUGCUUUUAUUACGACGAUUCUACCCACCGAAUUUUAGUUUCCAACGAUGCUUCGGCGAGUAAUGUAAAAAUCAAUGAUACUCCUGUUCAAACUGCUGCGGAAGUUGAUCCGUUGCCGGUUACCAAUGAAACUAUUUCUCUUGAGAAAUCUCCUGAAAGUGAUAAAUUGCUCAAACCUGCAGUCGGUGGAUCUGUGUUGCUUUUCCCUCUGUUCAACGAGGAAAAAAAAGAUUAUGUUCCAACUCAGACUUAUUACAUUAAUCCUGUGGUGAAGAAUUCUUUUCGCGCAUUUCCCACCGUAACAACUAUUCUCACGGAAACCAUGUCUCAGAAAUCCAAAUUUCACUUAGAUCAAUGGAAAACUAAUCAAGUUGAAGAACUAGGACAGGAUAAAUUCGACGAACAACAAAAAAGACAACUUCAAUCUAGAAAUGUUUUGAUGAAAUUGAUUAAAAAACGAUUACUCGGGGUACGAACUGAAGAUCUUGACAUUGCGCCAGAAUUUCAAGGAUGCUGGCGAAGCUUGGACAGCGUAUUUCCUUUAUUUUCAAAUUUGAAAACUAUGGAAAAAAUGGUCGUGCAUCCGGAAUUGAAAUAUAAAGGCAUGAUCGACACUAUAAUCGAGUUCAAGAAUAAACCAGUAUUAGUUUGCUGGAAGAAAUCGAAUAAAAUGAAAUCAUCUAUAAAUAUGACUUUUGAUGCGCCUGUUCAAAUUGCGGCGUAUAUUGGUGCAUUAAAUUACGAUGAUAGUUACCCUUUUAAAGUAGAAGAAAGUUUACUCGUGAUGUCAUACGAAGACGGCAGCAAAGCUGAUGUAUUUCAUUUGAAGAAAGAAAAUUGUUUUAAUUACUGGAAAAUGUGGUUAGAAAGAUUACAUUUGUAUCAGUCAUUGCAUAGAGAAUCAGAUGCUGUGAAUCAAACGCUCAUGAAAUCUGAAGUCAAUACUACUAAAAUAGGAGAAACAGCGUCCUCCUCAUCAACGGGUUCCAAUAUUUCCGUGAAUGCGAAUCAAAUUUCAGAGAAACCUGAAACCACGACGUCCAAAAUUGAAUAUUCAGCGCCAUCUCCGUCUACUGGUUUCAAUACGCCGGCGUACACAACAUUCGCUGAAAUUCCUACAAAAAGCUCCAAAAUAAAUGAAGAGCCUCAAUUGAUAUUUCCUCUGUAUAACAACGUUAAAAAGGAGUAUAUUUCCGGUCAUCCGUACGAAAUAAAUCCAGUAAAACAAGACAUCCAUAGUUAUUAUCCUUCAGUUACCACGAUUCUAAGCGAAUCAAAAUCAGAUACAGCAAAAUUUGUAUUAGAUAGAUGGAGGAAUAAUUUGAUAGCACAAAUGGGACAGGAAGGAUUUGAUACGUACCAAAAAAAUUUGUUGGAAACUGGAACAUUACUGCAUAGUUUAAUUCAAAAACGCCUCCUUGGCACAGCUGAGAAAGAAUUGUCCAUUACACCAGCAUUGGAAGGCUGUUGGAAAAGUUUACAUGCGGUUUUCCCUUUAUUUUCAGAUAUUAAAGUUACAGAGUCGAAUGUAGUUCAUGAAGAGUUGAAAUACAAAGGAAUUAUAGACUGUGUUGCCGAAUUUAGGGGUAAACCAAUGUUAAUAGACUGGAAAAAAAGUGACAAAGUGAAAGAAUCGAUUGACAGUACGUAUGACGCACCUUUGCAAAUCGCGGCUUAUAUCGGAGCUACUAAUUACGAUAGUCUUUAUCCAUUCAAGAUUGAAGAAGGUUUACUAAUUUUUUCCUACACUGACGGUACUAAAGCAGAUAUAUUCCAUUUGAAUAAAGACAGUUGUCUGAAAUAUUGGAAUUUAUGGCUACAAAGACUGAAUAAAUAUCGAUCUAUGAUGAAAGCUAAUGAUUUAAGAAUCGAAUAUUAAAUGCGAGUUUACGUUACAGCGCAGGUUAAAACAUUAUAUUGCAUGUUCCUUCAGUGAAAUUAUUUAUUACGUAUGUUGUUUUGUUACUUAAUUAUUAGUUGUUUUUGUUACUGUAUAUUUUCUUCUUUUUUAUUGAACUAAUAUUAUGAAUUUUCAGUGAAUAGCUUUUUUCUUAGAAUAAUUUAUAUAAACAUGUCUUUCACUAUGA